GGUAAAAACAUUCCCUUGACAGAUUAUUGUGCCCUGUGAAAUAUUCAACGUUGUAUUUUCGUAUUUUCACGUUGACCAAUUGAUUCUAAAAUGGAUAUAAUUGACAACGAUAUUAGGCAGUGGGAUGCGAAUGAUGUGAAGGAACAUUUUGGCGACAGUUUAACGUUGCUACCAUCCAACGACAAUAUCAAGGAAUUGCAAACCAUUUUGCGUGACAAAAACACCACUCGUAGUGAUUUUAAAUUCUAUGCCGAUCGUUUGAUACGUCUAGUCAUUGAGGAAAGUCUGAACAAGCUGCCAUUCACCGAUUGUGAGGUGAUCACACCAACAGGAGCUUUAUACAAAGGUCUGAAAUAUGGAUCUGGGAACUGUGGGGUGUCUAUUGUACGUUCCGGAGAAGCUAUGGAGCAGGGUCUCCGUGACUGCUGUCGCUCAAUUCGCAUCGGCAAGAUCCUGGUAGAGAGUGACAAUGACACUCAUGAAGCUCAUGUGGUGUACGCUAAAUUCCCUGAAGACAUCGCUAGACGACAAGUACUCCUCAUGUAUCCUAUUAUGUCAACUGGCAAUACUGUUAAACAGGCGGUAAAUGUCCUCACACAACAUGGUGUGAAAGAAGAAAGUAUAAUACUCUCAAAUCUAUUCUGCACCCCUGCAGCCGCACAAGCAGUGGUUGACUAUGUACCAAAGAUGAAGAUCCUAACCUCUGAACUACACCCUGUUGCUCCAAAUCAUUUUGGGCAAAAGUAUUUUGGGACUGACUGAUGCGAGGAUGAGGAGGCAUAAACUAUUUACGAUUAAAACCAUAGUGUUUUGUUUGUUGGCAAGAAAUGUUUUGAACAUGUG